UUCCUCUUCACUCUCUGGCUCGGCCCUUUCUCUCCUCGGAAGAGGAAACUUCGCGGUCGAAGUAACGGGAUCGGGGAAAGCCAGGGCCUGAACCUCUGGAGCCCACCUCUAGCGGUGCCAGAGGCUGGACCGUCGACCUACUGACCCGACAGCUGGCCGACCUGAGCCUUGGCAGGGGCGGUAAGAGGAGGGCGAAGGCUUCGAACUCGGCAGGGCAGUGAACGGAAAGAAGCGCGGAACUGGAGAGGUUAGGACUACAGCAAACAAGCGAGGGUCCGGGACAGCUGCUGGCACGAGGGACUACUCCUGGAAGCAGGGUCGGGAGAGGAGCUGAGUUGGGAAGAAGCCCGGAGCCCGAGACGGGACAGGAGCUGCAGAAAGGCCCGGACCAGAGGCGUACGCUGGAGGACGGGGCGGGGCAGAGCCGAAACCGAAGCUGGAAAGAGAACUUGAGCUGGGAGAAGGGACAGAAGAGAGCCCGGGAGCCAGAGGAGGUGCGGGAGCCGGGACUGAUCGAGAAGGGGAGGCUUGACUUCCAGAAACCAGCUAAGGGCUAAGCUGGCCCCAGGAAGUCAGGGCAGGGCUCGAGCUGCUGCGUGUAUGCGGGGGCGGAGAAGGGGGAGCCACCGUCGCGGUCGCGGAGGUCCAGACCAUGGGCUGACCAUCACCGGACGUUGCCCCGGGCGCCCAGCAUGUCGGUGCACUACACCCUCAACCUGCGCGUCUUUUGGCCGCUGGUGACCGGCUUCUGCACUGCCCUGGUCUGCCUCUACCACGUCUUGAGCGGAAGGGGCGGCUCCGCCGCUCCCCAGGACAGCGAGGACGCUGGCUUCCCGCUGCUCAAAGCGAUUCUCUUGCUGCUCUUGGGCUACCUCCUUCUGCGUUUUCGCCACGCAGCCCGGCAACGCUUCCUGCCUCGCGUUCCCCACCAGGGGCUCACCCCGUCGUCUUCGAGACUUCUCAAUGAGCCGGGCCUCAGUGUUUUACUGGAGAGUUACUAUGAGCACGAAGUUCGCCUGUCCCCUCAUGUGCUGGGCCACAGCAAAGCGCACGUGAGUCGCAUCGUAGGCGAACUGGUCCGUGCCGGCCGGGCCAGGGGAUCUCCAGGUCCUUCUCCCGGAGGAGCCUUAGCUCUGGCUUUUCGGGGGGACUUCGUCCAGGUGGGCAGCGCCUACGAGCAGCACAAGAUCCGUCGGCCGGAUGGCUUCGAUGUUCUGGUUCCCUUACGCCUCCCACCUCUUGUGGCGCUGGAACCUCGAGGCCUGGGCUCGGAGCCUGAGUUGCCCCUGGCGCUUCGUGGCUGCUUCGUAUGCGCCCUCAAGGCCCCACCGUCUUCACCCUCUGGUGGGGCAGGAAGCCAGUGGCACCGGGACUCCAAACCCUUCUCCGACGGCUUCUGCGUGGACCUUCGUGGCCGGCGCCACCUCUCUGCAGCGCUAGUGUCGCGUUGGUUCCAGGCGCAUUUGCAGCGAUGCCUUGCCACAGUGCGGUACAGCUUGGAGGAGCGCUGCCGGGUCAGCCUAUCUCCUGGGGGCCUCGACCAGCCUCCCACCCUGCACAUUCUGCCUUGCCGCACCGACUAUGGCUGCUGCCGGCUCUCCAUGGCUGUGCGCCUUAUCCCUGCUGUACACUUGGGAGAUGGAGUCUUCCUAGUGGCACCACCACUGCCACUGCCUCCCCCUGGGCUCCCGUCGGAGCUCCCUGGAGGGCUGAGGGUCGAGGCGCUGUGGGGACUGAACACAGCUCGCCAGGAGCAGCGGCUGCUGGGCUGGCUGCAAGAACGAGCCCCACCCGGGGCCUGUCACCUUAAAUGCCUACAGUUGCUAAAGGCACUGAGGGAUCUGGGCGCGCGAGGACUGGACCCUGUGGCCUCAUCCCAGUGGGGGCGCAUCCUCUCAUCUUAUACGCUAAAGACCUCGCUUCUGACUCUGCUGCUUCGAGGGGAUCCUUUGCAUUGUUGGGAAGAGGUCCACUUGAGAGAGAGGCUAGAGGAGCUGGUGCUCUACUUGAGGGACUGCUUGCUCCGCCACCGUCCGCUUUUCCAUUGUUUUCUGGGCCCUGACGGAGCCGUCGGACUCACAGCUGAGAUCGGCCAGCUGCCCAAAGUGCUGCGCGAAUCCGCCCCAGUAGAUCUCCUGGCCUCAUUCGAUGGGCGCGCCCGGGAGUUCGUGGCGGCGCGACUGGUGUCCACGUGGCGCCGGCUGCCCCAGCUUCUCCGACCCUACGGAGGACCCCGAUAUCUGGCCAGGAGCACCCAGCCCCGGAACCAGCGGGUCCAAGUUUUCCCGGAGCACGAUCCCUAAAACUGGGAAAAUGCCUUCGCCUGACCACAUAUCCCGAGAAGGGAACCUGCAGGAUAGUUGCUAGCUUAGUAAGGCCCUUCUCUCAGUCUUAUGGGGAGAGGGGGUGGGGGAGGAGAAUGAAUAUAAGAUGCUCUUGUUUUGUGGGGUGGAAUGGGGGUGCGUCACAACCUUUGGGUCGCUAGAAUGAAUGAAAGAAUGAAUCAUUAAGACCCCAGGGCUGCAGAGUAGGUUCAUAUUUUUGGAGCUCCCACAGAAUUUGGCCUUGGCCUUCUUUACACUAUACAUACCAGAGAUAGAUACAUUCCUGCCACUACCUUAGGAACCGGGAGUUCAAAUGUUGAUUCCUUUUUAAUAGCCUAUUAGAACCCAGGCAAUGGGAGAGUCUGGUCAAAAGGGGAGUUGGGGAAGGCGGAGUCCAUCUUUUAUCCAAGGCCCCAUAGCACCAGUUCACUUGCCUUACAUAAAUGAAUCUGGAUCAUAAACCAUAGCUGGAAGAAGAGGGGAUGAUGUACUGUGUAACUUAGUUAUGGAUUCUACAAAUUAGUAUUAGUGUGCUCUGUGAGCAGUGCAAUUAAGAACAUGUUUGACAAGAUUUCAAAGCAUUCUGUUUCACAACUUGCCAAAGGGUGAUAGAGAAUUUGUUAGAGAAAAAACCUUUUAAGGAGAAAAUAGCACUUUAUUUUGAUAAACGCCUUAAUUUUAAUAGUAAUUUUUAUUACCAAGUGUGGCAUUUUGCAGACCAAUUAUACAACAAUAUAAAUUAGUUGGUAUCCUACUUAAUAUUCUUAAGAAGCCAGGGAAUGAAAAAUGUUAGCACAAUGGACCAUGGUUAACAACAAAUGUUUUUCAGCAACAUUGAUGAGAUCAUAAAACUUAUCAAUGCCUAGAUUAGAGAGAGAUGUCUUAGGCCUUUCCUUUGGCAUAUUAAACCAAAUCUUUGCUACUUGAUACAAAGCUAAUCUUUUCCUUCUCCCCCUUACCACUUUGGAAUGACCUGUGUUUCAUUGCACAGCCACCACCCAAGCUGCUUCUGAACUUAGGGCCUGAAGGGGCCCUGAAGGAAGCUGUGCCAAUUCUACAAGGAUUAUUUUAAUACCAUGUAUUCUCAGAGACUGCCAAGUUUCCAUAAAAGGGCUGCAUUUCCAUACAGUACAACAUCUUGGGCAUAGAUUAUUGAGGAUGGUUAUUCCUGAGGCUGUAAAGGGAAAAUGCAGAAAACAAAGGUGAGGAGGGAAAUAAUAACCUUUGUCAGCUGUUCACCCUCCCCUUACCACCAAGGCAUAAAUCAUUCCUAAGUAGAUCCUACAUAGCAUUGGAGUUCUUUUUCUUUUGUUGAUCUUUUCUGAAAUCUUUCCUUACAAGCCUCUAAAUUUCUAGCUUUGACUGAGGUGCAGUCACAUUUUUACCACUUGCAUUAGGCUUAAAUCAUCAAUUGUCCCAGGGAUUGAAAUGACAGUUUUACAGCUCCAAACUAGGGUUUUGGAUUUGGCCUAGCUUGUUUUUGGCUCUGUGUGUGUGUGUGUGUGUGUGUAUUUGUAUGUAUGUAUGUAUGUGUUUUUAAAAUAAAUGGAUGAGUAUCCCAAGAAUUAACAAAGUUCUAACUGUCAAGAAUAGGACCAUUGUUGAGUGCUUGGACAAUCUUAAGGAAGUUCCUCAAACUUUGCUGCUUUAGGAGGCUCCUCUCUCAAGUUUCUGGAUUAAUAAUUUAUAAGUAAUAACCUCACAUGAGGACUUCUCAGACUGGGCUGCACUGAACACUCGCUUCCUUUGAAGCAUAGGCUGGACCAUUAGAAAAACAAGUUAGAAAUGUGUCUUGGAGGAAUUAAUUUUUUGGUAGACAGCUCAGUUUGUAUAAAAGUAUAGAAAAGUUUUAGUUUCUAUACCAAAAACCAUUCCAGCUUUUUUUUUUUAUAUCAGUGUUAAUCAUUAGGUACUGAAUUUGCCAAAGUAAUCUGUCUUGAAUCUAAACUUUACCAUUAAGAUAAACUUCUUUUAAUAAAUAUUAAGGUUAUUAUAUCCUUUAUCUGUAUUUAAAAAAAAAACAACAUUUCAUAUAAUCAACCUAAAGAGUAUUCUCAUCAGCCAGUUCAGAAACUUUUAAAUUUAAAAUAGCUGACCUCAAAAUAUUUUCAUCUUAAUUUAGUACAAUUUUGUUUUGUAUCUUUCAGGUAGGGAAAUAGGAGAAUUUGGGCAACUAUAAAACUUUGGAAGGUUAAUUUAUCAAAAUUUCUAACUGUGGUGAUGGGUUCUUUUUUUUUUAAAUGUUAUUUAAAAAAAACAUAAAUCUGGUAAUGUGCUGCUGCAGCAGCGUUAUUUUCAGGUAUCCUAUCUAAAGCCAUGGCUAUUCUCAAGGUUUUGUUAUUAUUUUUAUUAUUUUUUUAAUUAAUGGGGCAUUGUAUUUGUGUUUUCUAAACAUAAAUAUCUUAUUUAUAUGCCAUGCUGAGCAAUUGUUCUUUGUACAUGGUAACCAAAGCUUAGAGAUUUAGAUCAAUUUUGGUCAAUGCUUAGUAGCCCAAAACAUGUACUAUGUACACAUAAAAUAAUAUGGCAUAUAAGCAAGGGAUGAUGGUUGCCUAGGGCACUUAAGUUUAUUUUUUAUUAUGGCACCAUUCCCUUAAAAGAGCUACAUGGUGGAUCACUCCAGAGGGUAGUUCUCUCUCUUUUUUAAAAAAUUUACACAUAUUUUUGGUGUGUGUUUGUUACUGGAGAUAAAAUACAUGGAAACCUCUAAUGAGUUUUUUUAAUUUUUCUGCUGGUGCCAUAGUAGUUACAUGAGUUGCUGGUGCCAGAAGAAAAUUGGGGGAAGAUGAAUCAUUCUAGCCUGAGGCACCGAAAGGUAACUUCCACUGACCCAUAUGGGAACUGUACUGGAUUCUUCUGGGGAGGGUAGAAUUGGGUCCUACGAGUGUUUUUGUAAAAUGAAACUUGAGCCUAAGAAAGGGAAAAUGAGGAAGGGGAGCAAAGAAUAUUGGAAGGACUAGGAAAGUGAAUCAAAAGAUGGCAAAGUAAGGAGAGUCAGAAGAGUGAAAACUUGAUGUGAAGAUAGGAGAAGACAGGGUGAGAGAGAAUUGGAUAGGAGAAAUUCAUUUUAACUAUGUAUUAUGUUAAAUGAUCGACUCCUUGAAUAUAUGAGACUUGGUAUUUUUGGUUAUAGAUUGUAGUUAUGUUACCUGUAUAUUGACAGUGCAAUAUUCCAAGUAUUAUAUUAUCUUAUUUAAGCUUUAUUGUAAAGCUAAACCAGUAGAUUAAUACAGCUACAGAUAGGACUUUCACAUAAUUUAUCUAAUAUGACUGUUGAAAGUUGAGUUGUUAGGAUACCAAUCAAAAUUCUUUACCAAAGGAAGUGUGGGUCAAUUCAUAGCACUUCCUUCCUUGGGACUGUGGGCUCAAGCUCUUCUAUCAUAUCGGACUUGGCCAUCCAGAUCGCACACGCUUUCUGGUGGUGGCUGAACGCCACCUGGGAAACAGGAAGCCAGAUCCCACAAAGGGAAUGAUUUGAUGUCUGGGUGUGAUCUAGGUAUUCUCUCAGGUGCCUCACUUAGUUUUGGAGACUUUCCAGGUAACCCACACCAUAUGUAUUUUUAAAAUGUCCUAGUUGGUGUCUUUGCAAUGAUUUAUCUGAUGGCAGUGAACCUCAGAAAAAACAGCCAGGACUAUGGGCCACAUGUCUCACUUUCCCACAGCUUAAUUUCAAUCUCUCCCCCAUCCCCUUCAUGAGUAUAUUAACUCUUUCUGGCUAUUAGACUCCACUCCACCGAAACAAGAUUUUAUCCACUGGCACCCCUAGCAGUCUGAAGGGGGUAGUCUGCCUUCUCAAAAUGCCACUUUUGCAAUCAGGUUGAAAUUUGCCUCUUAAUAAGAUGUGGUCCCAAAGCUCUUUUUCCUCUUCUUAUCUCAAGAGCAAGUGCCUCUGUGACUUUGGGCCUGUCUGCCUUAGCUUCCCUAUCUAUAAACUGAGGAUAGUUGCACCCCUACCUCAUGAGAGGUUUAUGAGGAUUAGCAUAGCUAAUGUUGAUUUGCAAUGUACAUUGAAAGUGGAAAAAAUCCUCAGUAUUAUCAUCAUCAUUAUUGUUAUUUUAAAAAGCAUAUUUGUGACUUAGACACUACUGUUUAUAAUUUCAUACCCACAUAUUUUUAUACCUAUGUUUUAGAAAGGUAUAAAGCACUUAUAAGGGGAGGUUAUAAUGACCCUGUUAGCCACGGGUGUAGGGGUGGGGGGACUGGAGAAGAAUAAGAUUAUAGAUAUAUCAAGAUAAUACCAACUAAGUCAUAUACACAUUUCUUUCCCUUUAUAAGUAUCUGAAAAUGAUACAUAUUCUUAAGCAAACUUAACAUGUUUUGAUUUUCAACACCAUUUAUUAAGUGCCUGCUAGAUGCAAGGCACUUUGGGAUAGAAAAUAUAUAACGUAGUUGCUGUCCUCAUGAAGUUAAUGUACCUUAAUUUCAGUCAUCUUAAUAUAUUCCGUCUAUUUUGUUUUUAUUUUUCAAAAGUGCAUAGUGUUACAAAGCAAAUCUGUUUAAUAUUUUUUGCUUUGGCAGUAAAAACUCAUAGUAAAAUGUCUCUUUUUAAAAAAAAAAAAAGGCCAAAGACUUACCUGAAUGUUGUUCUGCUGCUAUUGCAAACAAAAAAAAAAAAAAAAAAAAAAGAAAAUGCUUAAAAUUUCAGCCUAUUCCAAAGUGUUAAAAUAUGCCAUUUACUUUCUCUUUUAAGGUCCAAAGACAUUUGCACUUUUAUUGGGAAGAGGGUGACUUUAAAUUGUUUUCCUGUGUUUCACACUAUGAAUAAACAAACUUUUUGAAA